UGUGUUCCUUACGCUAGAAAUCACCCCGUCACAUGUAGUGGUGUCCCAUUUAAUGGAUUCUGACAUGGAUUAUGAAAGGCCAAACGUAGAGACCAUCAAGUGCGUUGUGGUGGGGGACAACGCCGUGGGCAAGACCAGGCUCAUCUGUGCCCGUGCCUGCAAUGCCACCCUCACCCAGUACCAGCUGCUGGCUACCCACGUACCCACAGUGUGGGCCAUCGACCAGUACCGCGUGUGCCAGGAGGUGCUGGAACGCUCCCGAGAUGUGGUAGAUGAUGUCAGUGUCUCCCUGCGCCUCUGGGACACCUUUGGGGACCACCAUAAAGACCGUCGCUUUGCUUAUGGGAGAUCUGAUGUGGUGGUUCUGUGCUUCUCCAUCGCCAACCCCAAUUCCCUCCACCAUGUCAAGACCAUGUGGUACCCAGAAAUCAAGCACUUCUGCCCCCGAGCACCUGUCAUCUUGGUGGGCUGCCAGCUGGACCUGCGCUAUGCCGACCUGGAGGCCGUCAAUAGGGCCAGGCGACCCUUGGCUAGGCCCAUCAAGCCCAACGAGAUCCUUCCCCCAGAAAAGGGUCGAGAGGUGGCCAAGGAACUGGGCAUCCCCUACUAUGAGACCAGUGUGGUGGCCCAGUUUGGCAUCAAGGACGUCUUUGACAAUGCCAUCCGGGCCGCGCUCAUCUCCCGCCGUCACCUGCAGUUCUGGAAGUCCCAUCUCCGCAAUGUGCAGCGGCCUCUGCUGCAGGCGCCCUUUCUGCCCCCCAAGCCACCGCCCCCCAUCAUCGUGGUGCCCGACCCCCCUUCCAGCAGCGAGGAGUGCCCCGCCCACCUCCUGGAGGAUCCGCUCUGCGCGGACGUCAUCCUGGUGCUGCAGGAGCGGGUGCGCAUCUUUGCCCACAAGAUCUACCUCUCCACCUCCUCCUCCAAGUUCUACGACCUAUUCCUCAUGGACCUGAGUGAGGGGGAGCUGGGGGGCCCCUCGGGGCCAGGGGGCACCCGCCCAGAGGACCACCAGGGCCACCCUGAUCAACACAACCACCAUCACCACCACCACCACCACGGGCGGGACUUUCUGCUUCGGGCAGCCAGCUUUGACGUGUGUGAGAGCGUGGACGAGACUGGAGGCCCUGGCCCUGCCGGCCUCCGAGCCUCAACCAGCGAUGGGAUCUUACGGGGCAACGGAACAGGGUACCUGCCAGGCAGGGGUCGUGUGCUAUCUUCCUGGAGCCGAGCUUUUGUGAGCAUCCAGGAAGAGAUGGCAGAAGAUCCCCUGACCUACAAAUCCCGGCUGAUGGUGGUGGUAAAGAUGGAUAACUCCAUCCAGCCGGGGCCCUUCCGGGCUGUUCUCAAGUACCUGUACACCGGGGAGCUGGACGAGAAGGAGCGGGACCUCAUGCACAUUGCCCAUAUUGCUGAGCUGCUGGAGGUCUUUGAUCUGCGCAUGAUGGUGGCCAAUAUCCUCAACAAUGAGGCCUUCAUGAAUCAGGAGAUCACCAAGGCCUUCCAUGUCCGCCGAACCAACCGGGUUAAGGAGUGCUUGGCAAAAGGCACAUUCUCAGAUGUGACCUUCAUCCUGGAUGAUGGCGCCAUCAGCGCCCACAAGCCCUUGCUGAUUUCCAGCUGUGACUGGAUGGCUGCCAUGUUUGGGGGGCCGUUUGUGGAGAGUUCCACUCGGGAGGUGGUGUUUCCUCACACAAGCAGGAGCUGCAUGAGGGCCGUGCUGGAAUACCUCUACACCGGCACGUUCACCUCCAGUCCUGACCUGGACGACAUGAAGCUCAUCAUCCUGGCGAACCGCCUCUGCCUGCCGCACCUGGUGGCCCUCACAGAACAGUACACAGUGACUGGGCUGAUGGAAGCAACCCAGAUGAUGGUGGACAUCGAUGGAGACGUCCUUGUGUUCCUGGAACUGGCUCAGUUCCACUGUGCGUACCAGCUGGCCGACUGGUGUCUCCAUCACAUCUGCACCAACUAUAACAACGUGUGCCGCAAGUUUCCCCGAGACAUGAAGGCCAUGUCCCCAGAAAACCAGGAGUAUUUUGAGAAGCACCGGUGGCCGCCUGUUUGGUACCUGAAGGAGGAAGAUCACUACCAGCGGGCCCGGAAGGAGCGUGAGAAGGAGGAUUACCUGCACCUGAAACGGCAGCCCAAGCGGCGGUGGCUGUUCUGGAACAGUCCCUCCUCGCAGUCCUCCUCGGCCGCCUCCUCGUCGUCUCCAUCCUCCUCUUCGGCUGUGGUCUGAGAUGCUGCCACCCUCCUCCGAUCCUGCUGCUGUUGUCCCCACCGCCCGGGCCCCUCCGUCCUUCUGCAUCACCCCUCCACCUUACGGGGACAACGCGAUCCGCAGGACCCUGAAGACGACGCUGUCUUCACCAGCAGAGAGGAGCCCCUCCCUGGGGAUCAGGAUGGGAACCACCUGCAGAGGUCCCAGUCCUCAGCAGGAUGGGAGACAAUUGCUGGGGGUGGAGCAGGGGCGGAGCUGCAAGCUCGGGCUUGUUUUCUCGGGUCCCAGCCCCUUGGAGUCAAAGGGAAAAGCCCCCCAGCCUUUAGGGCUUCGCUGGAUGACUUGGUCUCUGCUCUGGCCAGGGAGGCAGCUGCCCUCCCCUUGAGCAGAAGUGAGUUGCCAGGGUCCUGCCUCUCUUGGCCAUGACCUUGCCACCAAUGGACUUUCCAUAUAGAAGCUACUCAAAUCCUCACUGGAGAAGUCAGGGUAGAAAUGAAGCCUUCAGAGCCUGACUCAGGCUUCUACAUCCAAGAGGCCACUAGCAGAAAGGCCUGCGUCCUGCCGGCAUCCCCCCUCCCAGGGCUGGGGCAGUGCAGGCCUGGUGACAGGGCCAGAGGUUGUGUGGCGCUCCAGGCAUGCAAGCAGUGCCUCUUGGUGCAUGGAGAAACUUCUCCCUGACCCUUGAGAUUUAGAGAUGGGAACCACCGGCAACAGCUGGGGCGGGGGGAGAAGAAGUGGGUGGGGUCUGUGGGCACCAAUCCCGUGCUCUUCUGGGCCCUUCCUCUGCCUCUGGGUAGCACUGCUUUUUAUGGGGUGGGGCAAAAUUAGCAAAAAACAAAACCCAAACUGAAAACGAAACAAAAUCACCACCGACAAACACCCUAAUCCUCUGUCCCCUCAAAAGAAUGAAAACCAGAUAAAGGUCCCAUAUAGCUUACGUUUUUAUAAAGCCAAACAGAUGCCCUCAUGGUGACAAGAUGAAGCUGUAGGGUGUAGAAUCAAUUCCAGUGCCUUUCAGGAAAGGACUCACCUUCUCAGACUCAGGAUGCCUGGACCCUGCUGGCUAGCUCUCAGGUCUGCAGAGUCCUGGCUCUCCAACGUUGGGGCUGGUGGCAGGGAGGGGUUUGGUCUCAGGGCUCUUUUGCUCACCUGGAGAUUGCGGGCACUCUCACCUUCGGAGCCUCGAGCCUCUCCCGCCACCAGCUGGUUUUGGAAGUAGGCACAGUAGGAGAGCAGAACUCCCCUGUAAUGAAGGGUCACAGGACAUAUGGAACCUUAAUGCUAGUUAGGGAAAAGGAAGAAAUGAACAGAAGGAAAUGUAAGUUUAGUCUGGAGAGCAGGAUGGAACUGAGGGUCUGUUGGGGUUAAAACUAGCUCACAGCCCCCGUGGGGCAGAAGCCGCGCCACAAUUGACCCUUUUCCGUUUUCUAACUCUGACCCGUAUUUCAUCACCCCGCACUGUUUUUAGAUUAAAAAGGUGGGGGUCCCCUUGACACGGGGCAGAGCCUGGAGGCUGUGGAGUGGGGCUCAGAGCACCAGGAGUCCCUCACCUGAGGAUACUUUGGCUGGGGGGAGGACCUAGGAUGCUCAUUAGCUCCGAGAUCGAGCAGACCCAGAAGCUAAGGCAAUCUCUGCAACGGUUGGGUGGUAACAGGACCCAGAGAUCUGAGGUUAAUUCUCAUCAAGAGCAGUGGAAGGACAAGCAGGUCUAACGAUGGGAUGAAUCCAUGUUGUCCAAGCCCGGGAUGCUCCCAGGCUAUGGCUGUCAGGUACGCUAGGGUGGCUGGCUGGGAAGCCAGUCGUGGGCUGCCCUCUACAGGCUGUUCAGCCUCCCUGCAGCUGAGCUCGGUCCAGAGCUUCGCCCCAGGCUGAGGAGCCCAGGGACCAGGCAAGAGGGAAAUUUUAGGCAGGGAGCCCGGUGCAGCAGGCUGCACCUUGCCUCUGCUUUAUAAAGGGCAGGGGCAGUGUGGAUAUGCCAGACCCCCAGGAACUCUAGAACCUCAAGGGUAAGGGGGAAAUGUUUGUCUCAGGUGCCUGCACAGCUGAACAAGGUGGGUUCACUGAUGAGGAUGGAGGAAAGGCUUGGGAGGGCAAGUAAAGGUCAGCUGAGGGUUGGGGGAGCCCACCGAAGAGUGGCCACAGGACUUCCCCCAGCAGCCAAGGCCCACUCACCCCUCAGGGACUUGCUGAACUUCCUGGCAGCUCCACCAGAACCAGUCUGCAGUACUGGGGGGCUCUGCAGCCCAGAGAAACACCCUGGAGCUGUGGGCAAGCCAUGCCAGCCUGGUGUCCCUGUGCCCAGAGGGAAGCAAAGCCCAAGUUCCAUAAACCUGGCACUUACCUGGGAAAUCCAGGGUAUCAGAGGCACCCUGUGUGGGGUGAGCCUGAAGGCACAGACGGGAGGAAAGGAGGAGUGAGUCAAGGGGUAAGAACAUACCCUGGACUCCCAUCGCCAAGAGCCGCAUCAGAGGAGGAUGGAGGCAAAAACCCCAAACAAAUGACAAAAAACACACCUCUUUUUAUAUAAGGUUUCAUAUUUAAUUUGGUCAUGAGUUCAUAAAUACAUGAAUAUUUUGUAUCUAAUUGCCUUCUUUGCAUUGUUUAAUAAUAGCAGCACAGAUUCAGAUGGAGAAUUUCCACUGAGGAGCGGCAGUUAGAGGUACACAGUCACUAAGGCAACACUAUUGGCUGAGCACAGUGGCCCAGGCGUGUAAUCCUGACCUUUUGGGAGGCUGAGGCUGGCAGAUUGCUUGAGCUCAGGAUUUCUCCAUCAGCCUGAGCAAGAUCUGAGACUCCCUUUCAACUUAAAAUAGAAAAAUUAGCGAGCCAUGGUGGCAGGUGCCUCUAGUCCCAGCUACUUGAGAGGCUGAGGCAAGAGGAUUGCUUGAGCCCAAGAAUUUGAGGUUGCUGUGAGCUGUGACGCCACAGCACUCUACCGAGGGCAACAUAGUGAGACUGUCUCAAAAUUAAAAAAAAAAAAGACUAUUAAACAGUGACUCCUGUUAUACACUAUUUGGCCUGGGUAUUAAACCACAUGAAACCAAGAAAAAUUCCCCAACAAUUUCGUGUUGCACAAAGUUGACUUUAAAAGAAUAAGUAUGAGAGAUACUGAUAAGUCUAAUACUUUACAUAGACCUUCAAGAAAUUCUGAGAAAAGGGCAAGGGGCUGAAACCUGAGUGGCAGCAUAGAAGGACCUAUAGUUGCAAAGGCCAGGAGGUGGACGAGGCAGCUCAUGGAACACUAGACGAAGUGGGAGUGGGUUGUGAAUGUAAAGAUCAGGGGAUUUACCCCCCAACCCCCAAACUCCACAGACUCAAUGCCUGUCAAUUCCCUGACUGUGCCUAACUUGGGCCCUGCCACACUAGCUCUGGAACAAGAAAAUACACAAGGCCUUGAGAUAGAAAAGGCCCAAACCCUUCAGAAUUACUGGAAUAAUUCUGGAAUACUGUAAUGAAGGGUUUGCUGGAAGGAAGGCUGAAAUGGUUAUCGAGGUUUUUUUUAAAAAACUCUAGGCCCUGUUGCCAUGGUAGUUAAGAAUUGAUAUUUCUGUGCUGAGUAGUUUACAUAAAAGUCAGAUGCUUGCAGAGGAGCUAAACUUCUCAAAUAGGGCAUCUGCACCUGAAAAUGCAGCUCAGGGGCUCAGUGUCACAUCCCACCAGAAGUGAGAGGGACCAUCUAGUCCUGAGUUGGUGUGCCAUUCCCUGAGUACCAUUCACUCUCCCUCCCUGAGACCAUAGCAGAGAUUGAAGACAGAUCUCAAUGGAGGAUGGAAGUGUGAGGGGGUAGAUUUCAGAGGUCCAAAUCAUAAUAAGUCACUCCAAGCAUUUUCUCUCCUGUCUAAACCUUUUCAACACUUCACUACUUUAGAUCUUGAUACCAGGGAGGGACAAACUGUCUUAGCAAUGCACUUCUUCUCCCAUUCAGCCCUAAUAUUUAGCAUCAACACCAAAACUUAAGAAGGAGUCUAGACCCCACAAGCAGAGUUUUUAGACCUGGCCUCCAUAGUCUUUUAAUAACUGAGAUGGAGAGAGGAUAUAGGAAAGAGAAUACAGGACUGCCAGCAGCCCUGAGAACAGAAAAAGUUUUUUUAAUAGUGGCUGCUGCGUUAAGCCCUUUCCAGAAAUAGUUACUGGAGAGACCCAGGCUAGAAGACCACAUUCUUCUUUAGGAAGGGAGCCCAGCCUCCACUAUUACUCUGGGUCCCUGGAAGAAAAUGCCCCAGGAAGCGACUUCCACAGGGGCUCCCAGAACUGUGUUUUCUCUACAAAAGAGAAAGACACUAGAAGAAUGUAUCCUCAGGAAACUGCAUUCGCCUUUUAGAACCAAUGGCCCUGUAUCAGUGUCCUCCAUACCCAUCACCCACUGGAACUGCUUCCAUCUAACUGACAACAUCUGACUUCGAAAUGGGCUCAACUUCGUCACACCAGGAUGGCCAUAGGUAACACUAUUUCUCUGGUACAGAGAUCAGUGGGACAGAAUCAAGAACCCAGAAGUAAAACCUGAUAGCUACAACCAACUACUUUUUGACAAAGCAGACAACAUACAGUGGGGAAGGACAUUCUCUUUAAUAAAUGGUGCUGGGAAAAUUGGAAAGCCUCAUGCAGAAGAAUGAAAUUAGAUUCCUUGGUGGCACCCAUUGCUCAGUGGGUAGGGCGCCAGCCACAUACACUGAAGCAGGUGGGUUCGAGCCCAGCCCAGGCCAGCUAACAACAAGACAACUGCAACAAAAAAAUAGCCAGGAGUUGUUGUGGGUGCCUGUAGUCCCAGCUACUUGGGAGGCUGAGGCAGGAGAAUGGCUUAAGCUCGAGUUUGAGUUUGCUGUGAGCUGUGACACUACAGCACUCUACCAAGGGCAACAUAGUGAGACUCUGUCUCAAAAAAAAAAAAAAGAAAAAAAAAAGAAAUUGGAUUCCUUUUACUGUUACAAAAACUACUGAGGAUGGUUUAAAGACUUAAAUUUCAGACUUCAAACCAUAAAAAUUCUAGAAGAAAAUGUAGGAAAAACUCUUCUGGGCACUGGCCUAGGCACAGAAUUCAUGAGUAAGACCCCAAAGCAAGUACAAAGGCAACAAAAAUAAAUAAAUGGGAUUUAAUUAAACUACAAGUUUCAGACAGGAAAGGAAAGAAUAAAUAUAAUUUAUUAUAAUUAUAUAUUGUUAUUAUAGGAACAUAUUUAUCAAAAGAAGAAGUACAGGCUGGGUACAGUGGCUCAUACCUGUAAUCCUAUCACUCUGGGAGAACAGGGUAGGUGGAUCCCUUGAACUUGAGACCAGCUUAAGCAAGAGAAAAACCCCAUUUUUUU